AUGGAGCUGUGCAAGCUAGAGCUAGGAAAAGCUGUGUCUUUGAGCGACAGCAGGAAAUUGCUGAAGGAGAUAGAAGAAACGUGCGAGUUUAAGGGGCAUGUUAGUUUUCCAGGGGCACAGCCAGUGACUAUGUAUAGGGAGUCGCUUGUGGAUCUGAACAAAAAAGACUACUUUGUGUGCGAGAAGAGCGACGGCCUUAGGGCGCUGCUGUACAUCAAAGGAACGGAGAAAAAAGCGUAUCCUUUCUUCAUAGACAGAAACUGCACGGUUAUCCAGGUCAAAAAGCCGUUUCUUCCGUGCGGGUCUUUUCUGCUUGAUGGGGAGAUCAUAAAGGACAAAGCCGGAAAGUACGUCUACAUGGUGUUUGACAUGAUGAUAUGCAGGAGCAAGUCCAUAUGCGAAAAGUCGCUGACAGAAAGGCUGACUAUGGCAACAUGGUAUCUGAACCAGACGCAGAAGUGGAGGGCCACGCAGAAAGAGAAGGCGCCCAGAGAGGGCGCGCCGGGAGAGCCCCUUGACUUUGACGUUAAGAUAAAAAUGAUGCACAAGAGCUACGGGCUGGCAGAAGUGUACAGAAAAAUCAUCCCUACGCUAGAGCAUGAAAACGACGGGCUGAUAUUUACAUGCGUGAACUAUGCGUACAGGCCGGGGACAUGCCCUGCGUACUUUAAGUGGAAGCCCCCGCACUUAAACUCAGUGGAUUUCAGGAUGCGGAAGUCUUCGCUGGCAGACGGCCUGUACGCCCUGCUAGUUUGCACAAACAGGACAGAGGUUGUGUUUGACUGGUACUGGAAAGACCCUAUGCUUUCGGACUUGGAGGAGAACGUGAAAAAAAGAAAAGGCGCAGAACAGACAAACCAUUAUGGAGAAAUCGAGGACUACGACAGCCUGGAUGGGAAGAUAGGCGAGUUUUCGUACAAGAGAAAAGAGUACACCAUUGAUGUGAGCGACUACUCUCUUAGGCUGGGCAGGUGGAGCCUGCUCCGCAUCCGAGAGGACAAGAAGAUGCCAAAUGGCUACAAAACUGUGGUGAGCGUUGUGCAGUCUAUUCGGGAGAACCUGACCUUCAAGGAAAUCGAAGGAAAUGUAGAGAAGAUACGGCAAAACUGGCGAAACCGAGACAAAGAGAUGCAGGCAAGGAGCAAGCAGGACCACGAGGACGCAAAAAGAAGGAAAGAGUAG